CUUAAGACCUUCGGGUUGUUAUUAGCUUGGACGAAAGGAUUUCGAGGGACGAGGAAUUAGGGGUGAAUCUGGUUUUUUUUUUUUUUUUUUUGGUUAAUUUCUGGGGCUGUUGGAGAUUUGGCCUCGAGGACCCGAGGGUUCGUCGGAGUUCAUAUUUCGAAGAUUUGAUAUUCGAACAAAUUGGGGAGUGAAGAGGAGAAAAAGAUUGUGGAGAGGAGGAUAUGGUUAAUUACGAUCUGAGUCGGAGAUUUGGACCUGAUGGAGACGAGAUCAAGGGUUUGUUGAAGGAGGAAGAAGAAGGUAAGAAGCAAUGGCCAAAUUACUCUUCACACGCAUUCCAUAAAAAUCGUUUCUUACCUACAUACGUGUAUAUCGCUCAAACGCGCACACGCAUUCCUCUAUACAUGUUUCAACCGGGUGCGCCCCGCCCCGGUCUCAUCGGGAGGCUUUCUGCUUAUUCCUUUGCCUGUCGGCCCACCUCACUCUACCACCCACUGAUCGAGGGGUGGAGAUUCACUCUUUCACCAAAAAAAAAAAAAAAAAAACAAAAAAACGUGCGUGUGUUUCGUUACAGUGUCUGUCCGCUUUUUUAAUCGUUCUUAUAUUUUUUGCCUGUGUCGGUUCAUCUGCGAUGAUGUUCGCUGGAUAUGAGGUCAUCAAGGGUGGGGAUGAGUGGACGAACCGGCGAAUUCUCCUAUCCCCGUCGGCGGGGUGUGGAGGGAUUGAAUGAUCCAUCCGGAUUGCCCGGCUCUUCCGCGCUUCUUCUUGGAGAAGCCAAGUGGAGGAUCAGGAGCUUUACGUGAGCGUAGGCGGUGAUGCCACACACUCUCUGGCUUUGAGAGUAGCUAGAGAGAGACUGUAGCGGUGAAGUCUGUAGCUGCACAGAGAGAGAGUUUGGGAGUCGUGGCUGAUGAUUACUGUCUUUUCGAGAUUGGAAUUGAAAUGAGAAAUUCAGCGAUUGGAUUAGCGAUCAGAUUCUCCGCUGAAGAGAUUGGUGGGCAGCUCAGCUUGAGGUGAUGGGCCGCUUGGCGUCUCUCUCAAACGGUCGUGGGACGAGGAGCGGCGUUCUGAGGAAUUAUUGUUGACGCCCACGUUCUCCCGCGCAAGGACAAAUCACUUACGCACGACUUCCCCGGUUAUGAGCGAACAAAUGUGGAUGAUCGAUCGGCUUUGCUUCCAGGUCAAUUAAACUUUUGGAAAAAGAUUUUAAAGAUUUUAUGCAUAUGGUAGAAAGCCUCGCGUCGAACAGAAGUGUACGUGUCCGGAUUUUUCGCGUUGGGGCUUCCAUGUGCGUGUGUGUGUGUGAGAGAGAAGAGAGAGAGAGAGAGAGGGUUCCAUGUGUGGAGGCAGAGAGAGAGAGGGUUCCAUGUGUGGAGGCAGAGAGAGAGAGGGUUCCAUGUGUGGAGGCACAGAGAGAGGGUUCCAUGUGUGGGGGGAAGCAGAGAGAGAGGCUUCCAUGUGUGUGGAGAGAGAGAGAGAGAGAGAGAGGCGAAAAUGAAACACUGGGCCGGGUCGCUCAUUUGCUGUCAUACUGGUCCCUUCUCCUGCUUUGAUGUAGAUGUAUGUUGUGGUGGUAAUCAUGCGGGUGUGGACGCUAACUCAGGUCUUCCGUAGGAGAAGUCGGUCGAACAUGUGUAUCAACUACGUAUCUGGUCAGGAAGUUGUCCUUAAUUGAUGUGUCUAUGGUUCGCUGCGCGUUCUAUGUGGGGUAAAGAUGACAGCGAUAAAGCAAACCUUUGUUUUUCUCUUCGACCAUUUCUGCUCGGGGUAUAUCGAUUUGCUCCUUGUGAGCGAGUAUUUCUCUGUUUUUCUUUUGUACGUUUUUUACAGUAAUACUCGGCUUGUCGGUCAUGAAACUGUAAUGGUAGUACUGGAUGGAUUCCUUUGCCACAGGUGUCUUUCGCCCUCGUUGAGCGUCUUUAUUGACUGUAUAAGAAGGCAUGUACAUUCCGGCCGUGUUAUUGACGACGAUCGCCAGGGUCGGGUUUCUCUUUCAUUGUUCAUGUGGGGAGUUCAUUCAAAGUACUGCUUAGGCUGCUCAAAUUGCUACUCGAAGCUGCAUUUUCGAUUUAAUCACAGGUUAAUUGCUAAAGUACCGAGGUUUUAACGUCAACUGGACGUCUGCAUGUGAUAUUUAUCUUUUUCGUUGACGCCAUCAAUCGCACCCAGCAGCAUCCGCUUUAACUGUAAGUUACAACGCUUCACUGUACGUUCCUACUCUUUUCUGCCUUUCGUUGACGUCAUCAAUCGAAUGGAAUCUAGCCCGCGGCAGCGGCGUAAGGUGUGUACGUGGCGAAGUCGGCAAUUGUUCAUUGAGAAACCGGGAAUGAAUGUGGGUAAUGAAAAAAACAGCUCCGU